GGAACCAGGCCGCCGGAAUAGGAUGGGAGUACGAGACCGCGGAGAGUCUGGCGUGUGUAUGCGCGAUGGCUGACUGCCCGGCCGUCUUUUUUAUAAGGCCAGCUGCUAGCCACCGUGGCCCUCUGUCCAGACUUUCUCUUCCUCCUACCACCACACUUGAUUGUGUCUCUGCCAAGUGCUCUCUCGUUUGCUGUGAGCAUCGCAAUCGCUUGAUCGGUCUAACCUCAGUCAUUCGCUUGUCGUGAAGGAAAAGUUUCGUCAAAAUGGUCCGCCUGUUCAAGUACGCCAGCGCCGGCGCCCUGCUGGUCGCUUCCGUCAAUGCCACCUAUAUUCACACAACCCCAGAGUACGAGGAGGAUGAGUGCCCCGAGACGGAGACUUCGGCUCCCUACCCGUCCGCGACCUCGUCCUCCCCAGGGUAUCCGGCCAUCACACCCUCGACGUCCGCGGGCUACCCCGUCGUCACUCCCACCUACCCGGGCUCUUCGUCUACGAGCUCAGAGGAGGACGACUGCCCCCCCGAGUCGGAAACGGGGUCCUACAGCGCGACAUCCUCCGAUGUCUACCCCACAAUCAGUGUUACGUCCUCUGUCCCGGUCUACCCUACCGAGUCCAAGAGCGCUACCGUCCCGAGCUACCCCACGGGCUCUGGAAGUGCCUCUCUGCCGGUUUACCCUACUGAGUCCAAGAGCGCCACCGUCCCGGUUUACCCUACCGAAUCCAAGAGCGUUACCACCCCCAGCUACCCCACCGGCCCUUCGACAAAGUACACGACGGUGAUCACGACGAUCACGUCGUGCCCGCCUGCCGUGACCAGCUGCCCUAUCGGAUCAACUACCACCGUUGUUGUUCCUUGCACCACGGAGUCGGAGACUGUCCCGACCUACCAUACCGAGGUUCCCACUAAGCCUACGGACGUACCGACCUAUCCCACCGAGGUCCCUACCAAACUGACGUCCCUACCUAUCCCACUGACGUCCCUACCUAUCCCACUGGCAUCCCUACUAAGCCGACUGAUGAGCCUACCAAGCCUACGGAUGUGCCUACCUAUCCCACUGGUGUCCCUACUAAGCCUACGGAUGUCCCGACCUAUCCUACUGACGUCCCUACUAAGCCCACGGACGUGCCCACCUACCCGACCGAGGUCCCUACGUACCCUGUUGAGACUCCCUCGUACCCGGCGUCUUCCCACGUCCCAACGCUGUCUACCGUUUACAGCAACAGCACGUUCACCUCGCCGCCGACCCAGGUCCCCGAGAACACCAUUCCCGUCACCUACCCGACCACCACGGCUCCGCCGCCGAUUGUCACUGCUGGUGCCGCCGUCGUCGGGUCCGGUGCUACAGGUGCUCUCGUGGCCUUCGCUGUCUUCUGCCUGGGUCUCUUCUAAGUGGGAGGUCACGACAAGCUGUCCUACCGCCAUUUAGGAGACCUGGAGCUAAGAUCCUUUUCUUCUCUUUGUUUUCGCACUUAGGAUCGGGGAGGGGAUGGUGGAAAACCAUUAAUUGUCUGGAACCAAGGCAUUAACGAAAACGGAUAAGGAAAAACACUCUGACGCGUAAUAUGCUAGGUGUAGACUCUAUUUCGAUGUGCACACAUCCACCUCACGCGCGCCCCUCCAUGCCUUCUAGGUGCGCGCGCACGGCUGCGAAAUGCCCUUCGCUCAGCGCUAUUGGUGCGGCGGAAGGUCGGCUUGGCACAGAUAAAUUAACGUAUUUAAUCAUGUAUAUAGACUUAAUAACUUCGGGCAAUCCAAGACACUCCUUCGUCAAGUAGAACCACGGCACGUUUCCUUAGUCCUCUGGCUCGU